AUGUUGGAUCUAGCACAAAGGCUUGCUAAAUCCAAUUUCGGUUCCACCACUGAGAAUCCAAGCAAAGCGGCAAUAUCUUUGGAUGACGAUGAUGACGACGUGGUGGUUGAAGUUGCUGCACCAGCAAAAGGAGGAAGGAAACCAGCGGCUGCGAGUAAAGCCGUGAAACCACCGGCAGCUCCGAGAAAGCGUGGACCAGCGGCGAGCAAGAAGCAGCCAGCAGCGGAGGUUGUUGCUGCUUCACCGGAGAAGAAAGUGAGGAAGAUGAGAUCUUCCCCGUUCAACAAGAAGAGUAGUUCAGUGUUGGGGAGGUUGGCUAACAAGGAAGGAGAGGAGGAGGAGAGUACUGAGACCGUGGUCGUUGGAAACUCAUCGAGGCCAAAAAGAGCAAACAGGAAGGCGAUGAAGUAUGUGCUGAGUGAUUCGGAGAGUGAGUCCGGGAAUGAUUCUGAGUUUGAUGAUAUUGAAGACGACGAGGAUGAUGAGUAGAGUGGAGAGGAAACCAACUCGGUUCUUUUGCUAUUUUCAAAAACUUGUUUGCAAAUGCUAUCUCAGACUUUAAAUUCUCGUGCAAUGUAUGUUCUCUUUUAGACUUGUGUGUUUGACAAUGCCCUAUCUCGUGUUGGGUUGUGUUUUCUCAAUUUGUCAUUAACUUUGUGUUAGCUAAGCAGUGGAUUUGGAGAUAAUUUUUUUUUUUGUUGGCA